AUGAAUGACCAUGAUCCUUCAUUUAUGUAUUCACAAUUACUCAAAGAGAUUUUACUCGAAAUGCAGGAUGAUGAAAAGGCUAGACGAGAAUUUGUCCGCGUUCUUCGUAUUCAGUAUGCCGAGAACACUGUAGCAUUACGCUCGAUUGAUGACUUUGAGCAAGAGUACGAUAAGCCAUCGCCGAUUUGGUGGUACACAAAAGAAUCAUUCAUUUAUUCGGCGCUCAAUAAAGCUUUACGGACUGAAGACAUUGAAAUCAUUCUCAAGAUGGGUUUCAUCGUCCGAGACCUAUGCAGACAAAUUGAGCAAGUUUAUUCAGACACGCGUCAAGAAACAAAACAGAUUGUUUACCGAGGUCAAGGCAUGUCAAGUGUAGACUUUGAGAAGAUCAAGAAAAAUGAAGGUGGUCUUCGAACAUUCAACUAUUUCUUGUCCACAAGUACGAAUCAACAAGUCGCUAAUGCUUUUGCCGAGAGUGUUCGAAAUGAUUCUGAUCUGAUCGGAAUUCUCUUCCAAAUGGAGAUCGAUUCAUCGAUCUCAUCGAGUCAGUUUGCCUUGUUGAAUGGCAUUAGUUAUUACUCAGGUGAAAAUGAAAUUCUCUUUUCCAUGCAUACUGUCUUUCGAAUUUGCAACAUCUUAAAGCUCGAUGAUCGACUAUGGCAGAUUAAUCUCAGAUUGACAAAUGAUGAUGACGAACAGUUGAAAAACCUUACCGAAUACAUCCGUCAAGAGUUUGAAGGUGUUGCAGAGAACCAUCGACUCGGCACACUGAUGCGUAGAAUGGACAAGCUCGAGAAAGCAGAAGAAAUCUUCACGCAGCAGCUUGAGUCGGCAUCCAACAAAAGUUCGCUGGCAAUCGCUGAUCUACAUUCAGAAUUGGGAGGUAUCAAAUAUUCACAAGGAGAUGCUUCAAAUGCACUGGCACAUUUUGAGAAGGCACUCGAAAUCAAAGAAAAAACUCUUCUAUCGACGGAUCCAGAUCUGGCUAAGGCAUACAGCAGCGUUGGUACAGCUUAUUGUUCGAUAGGAAAGUACUUAACUGCACUCUCAUACCACAAAAAGGCACUCGGAAUUAGAGAAGAAGUUCUUUCACCUAUACAUCCAGACUUAGGUGUCGCGUACAACAAUCUUGGUGCAGUGUAUGAUGCAAUGGGAAACUACUCGGCUGCACUCUCAUACUAUAAAAAAGCAAUCAACAUUAAAGAAAAAAUUCUUCCAUCUCUACAUCCCACUCUAGCCAUUACUCACAGCAAUAUUGGUCGUCUGUACAAAGUUAUGGAAGAUUAUCCAACUGCACUUUUAUCUUAUAAAAAGACUCUCGAGAUCGAGCAAAAAUCUCUUCCUCCUACACAUUCUUCUCUCGGUACUACUUAUAACAACAUCGCUGGAGUGCAUCAAUCAUCGGGAGACUACUCGAAUGCCCUCAUGUGUCUUGAAAAGGCUCUCAAAAUUCAGCAAGAAUCAUUGUCAUCCACUCAUCCCAAUUUAGGCAUGACCUAUAAUAAUAUUGGUGUAGUAUACAUAUCGAUGAAAGAUUACUCGGUUGCACUCUCGCAUCUUGAGAAAGCACUCGAAAUUCAACAAAAAUCGCUGCCACCUAUUCAUCCUCUUCUUGCCAAAACAUACAGCAACAUGGGGCGAAUGUAUACUUCAAUGGGAAACAAUUCGAUUGCACUCUCAUAUUAUGAAAAAGCGCUUGGGAUUCAACAAAAAUCUCUCCAAUACUCGCAUCCUGAUGUCGCUUUGACCUAUAAUAAAUUGGGAAAUGUGCUCUACAGUCUCGGUCGGUAUGAAGAAGCCGUCAUACAUGCUGAACGAGCUGUUGUCAUUGCUCUUGAUACACUUGGGUGUGAUCAUCCUAUUUUUCGAACAUAUCAAGAAGACGUGAAACAAUUCCGUCAGAAACUAUAA